AUGUGCCGCACCACCCACCGCGCCAAGAGCCCGAGCCCGAGCUUGGCGUCAUGGUUCGGCAGCGUCGAUUCGGAGGCGGCUGCGGCGACUUCGCCGAGCAGCGAUUCCAACGCGGUGAAGGGAGUCUACAUGUAUGGUGACGUCGGCUGCGGAAAGACAUUUUUGAUGGACAUGUUCUACGAGGGUGCGCCCGUGCCCAAGAAGCGCCGUGUGCACUUUAACGCGUUCAUGCUGGAGGUGCACAGCAAGAUCCACAAGUGGCGGGAGGGCAAGCGCCGCGCGCUGGAAAAGAAGUUCGAAGAGGAUCGAGAAGGACCCGACCUGCCCAACUUCAAUCUGGGCGUCUCGGCCUCGCUCGGCGAGGAGGAGUGGGGCGAUCCCAUUCCGCCGCUUGCCAGAGAGCUGGCGGCUCAGGCUCCCCUGUUGUGCUUCGACGAAUUCCAGGUCACCGAUGUUGCCGACGCCAUGAUCCUUCAUCGGCUCUUCUCUCUCAUGUUUACGCACGGCCUUACGGUCGUCGUUACCUCCAACCGGCCGCCAGAUGACCUGUACAAGGGCGGGCUGCAGAGGGACCGAUUCCUUCCUUCAUCGACCUCAUCAAACGGCGCUGUCUCGUUCAUGACUUCGGCGAAAUCGAUAAACAUUAGCGUGGGCGGACGCAAGCUCUUCGUGCCCCGAGCAGAGAGGGGUGUCGCCUUCUUCUCCUUUAGCGACCUUUGCAAGCAGGCGCUCGGUGCGGCGGACUACAUCGCCAUCAGCCAGGAGUUCCACACGGUGAUCGUGAGCAGAAUCCCGAAAAUGGAGGACCGGCACCGAGAGGAGGCCAAGCGAUUCAUCACUCUCAUUGACGAACUCUACAACCACAAGGUCAAAAUGAUCUGUUCGGCCGCUGCCGAGCCAAGGCAACUCUUUGCAGGCGGCGUAGAGAAACGCGAGUGGUUCGACGAAUCGACGGGCAAGAGCGUGGGCACCAUUUGGCAGGGCGAGGAGGAGCGAUUCAUGUUCAACCGCACCGUGUCGCGACUCAUCGAGAUGCAGUCCGACGACUAUCUUCAAUCGCCACACAAGAAAGAGGUCUAA